CGAAAACCAGUCCAUCGCCUGAUGGUCUACAACGGUAUAACUUCGUUGAAGUUUGCCCAUAAUGAUAAUUUUCUCGUAGCUGCAAGUGGUACAUUUAUGAACGUUUGGGACCUCUCUGCAAAUGCCCCAUUCUUUCCUUCAGCAUUUGUGGCUCAGCCUGAUUACCAACAGAACGAGGAUGAUACUGCCAUUGGAAUCAGACGUCAUUACAAGUUAAUAACUGAUCUUUGUAUCGCGAAUUAUCCCGGAACUAUUACCUUCAAAAACAGCUUAUCUAGGAAUGAAUUUGUUAUUUCGGCUGGCAUGGAUCGACUUAUAAAAUUUACUUCGUUGCAUGACUUCUCAGAACUGCAUACUCUGCGUGCUCCCUCAACCCUUUUAUCUGUUGGGAUUACUGUCUUACCACAGUCUCUCUCUUUCGCCGUAAGAUCCGUCUGCCCUCUCUGGUUCACAUAUUUCACCCGACCCCUUCCACCCCAUCUGUGCCAACUUGAGGCGUUAUUAGUCCUACUCUGCGUCUGGGUGACUAAUUCGAGGCUCAAGCCUCUGAUAUCCCCCAGUCGGCCUGCUUUGUCAUCUGGGUCUCUGGAACUCGUGGGUAGUUUAGGCGGUGACUUAGACAGUCUUGUUGGUUUAUUCUCUGGACGAUGGCGCGGAGGCGGUCAAUUGGGCCAUGAAGCACUUAUUUCUGUCGACGACUGGCUCAGUAGGCCCCUUGAACAAGUCAGACCAGCUCCCAAUGAUUGGCUUUUAAAGAAGAGGUCUGAAUCUGACAUAAAGACUCCUUUUGUCUUCUCUGUAAGUACAUUACGUACAUAUGCAAAUUUUUAG